AUGAGUUCGAAUAUAGUUGAUAUUGGUUCUACGCCAGGCAAAUUUAAAUACAUUUUAGUUCAACAAGGAGAAAAAUAUAUUAUUCGUGGUGAUCCAAAUUUAGAAUAUCAUGAUCAAAUUUUUGCAAAAUUACAGCAAGAUAUUGGAGAUGAAUCCACAAAUGAACUAAAAGUUUUAGGCGGAGGAAAAGUUCUAGUUGACUUCAAUAAAAAACAAAUCAAUGUAUUCGGCGAGUCGCAAUCAUAUGGCGCUGCUGAUCAUGCUAAAGCAAAAUCAAUACUUCAAGAAAAAUAUACUGAUUUUAAUAUUUCAACCAAGAAACCGGUCGAUUAA